AUGAAAGCAACGUUUGAGAAGUCUCUUUUUGACCUCAUCAAAGGUCUAAGAAACCAUAAGGGGUCAGAGGAGGACUAUGUGCAGGAUAGUCUUCGAGAAUGUAAGGCUGAGAUCAAGUCACAGGACAUGGACAAGAAAGCUACUGCGCUAUUGAAAUUGAUAUACCUGGAGAUGUUUGGUUAUGAUAUGUCUUGGGCUUCACUUGCUUUGGUCUACCCAGAAGCAUUGAAGCUAGCAUGGCCCAAAAUCAAGGACCGUCUCAUGGAUGAUGAAGAAGAUAGCAGCGUUACUACAGCAUUCGCGACCUUGACUCCUUUGGAACCACGGCUGAUACGAAAGCUUCUCCGGCCACUGAUGAAUAUAAUUGAAACAACCACCGCCAUGUCGUUACUUUACGAAUGCAUCAAUGGUAUAAUACAAGGAGGCAUAUUGAAUGGUAAUGAGGGACUUGAUGAGAACGAAGAGAUCGUAAGCCUCUGCGUUGGGAAGCUUCGAGGCAUGAUAGUGACGGAUUCUGAUCCUAACCGUGAGCUCCCUUUGCUUUAUCGUGUGGAAUGGCAUUGA